AUGAACUUUACGCCGACGCACUCCCCUGCCUGCAGAAAGCCUGCAGCUAUCCACAAACAUGAGGCUGCCGGCAGCUUCAGCAGCCCUGCCAGGUGGAAGGGCGUGUCCUUCUCCGAUUCUGUACAGUCGACUCCCCUGCCUUCGGUGGAGGAUCGUCUGGCUGUCCUCUGCCCCUCUCAGGAGCUUCUGGAAUAUUAUCAGAAGAAGAUGUCUGAGUGUGAGGCAGAGAAUGAGGACUUGUUAAAGAAGCUGGAGCUAUACAGGGAAGCGUGCGAGGGGCAGCAUAAACUGCAGUGGGAUUUGCAGCAGAGGGAGGAAGAGAUUGCCGAGCUACAGAAAGCUCUGAGUGACAUGCAGGUCUGCCUCUUCCAGGAGCGAGAGCACAUCCUACGCCUCUACUCGGAAAAUGACCGCCUAAGAAUCAGGGAGCUAGAAGACAAGAAGAAGAUUCAGAAUCUCUUGGCUCUUGUGGGAACAGACACUGGAGAAGUGACCUAUUUUUAUAAGGAGCCUCCCAACAAAGUCAGCAUUCUCCAGAAGACUGUUCAGCCUGUAGAAGUAUGUGAAAAGAAUGAAUCUUCAGCUCUCAGAGCAGAUUCUAAAGGCAGCAAGAGGAAAUCAGCAGGGAGAGAAAAGGAGGUCAGCACUAGGCUGCAUCAGAGAGACAUCCAGACCCUCGCCCUCCAGGUGGAGGCGCUGCAGGCGCAGCUGGAGGAGCAGACCCGGCUCUCGCGGGAGCAGGUGGCAGGGCUCAUGGAGGAGAGGCGGAUCCGCAUCGAGGAAGUGGAGAUUCAUCAGCAGAGAAGCCGAGACAGAAUCACAGAGCUCACCAGAAGUCUCCACCACACCCAGGAGCUGCUCUACGAGAGCACCAAAGACUUUCUGCAACUCAGAUUUGAAAACCAAAAUAAGGAGAAGUCCUGGAUGCUUGAAAAGGAUCACUUGAUGUCAAAGAUUAAGGAAUACAAGGUGCAGUGUAAGAAGAAAGAAGAGAAAAUGGGGAAAAUGUGGCUAGUUCAUGAGAGUCAUCACAACCAAAAUGAAUAUAUUAAGUCCCUAAAGGGCAAGCUCAUACAAGAGAGAGGGCUGUCCAGCAUGUACCAAGAGCAGUGCAUUUCCCUGGAAGAAGAGCUGGCCCGGAUUCGUGAGGAGGAAGGAGUGAGGAGAGAGAUCUUUAAGGACCGCACCAGCAAGAUGGGGAGACGCCUGCAGGCCAUGACUAAGCGCUACGAGGCCUUGGAGACCCGGCGUGUCUUGGAGGUAGAAGGCUUUAAGACAGACAUUAAGAUUCUCCGGCAAAAACUAAAAGAUGUGGAGCAGAUACUCUAUAAGGCCACACUCAACGCCCAGGCAAACCAGGAUCUUGCCAUUCUCUGUGAGGUUCGUGAUAGCAAUCGACUGGCACACAAGAUACAGGGAGAACUGAGGAACCUCAAGUCCAAAGUGUUUGGCCUAGAGAACGAACUUAGGCUCUGCUGA